UCAAGUCCAGGAUACGACACUUCGCGCUCUGCGCAUCAUGACCUGAUAGCUGUGUGUGUGUGUGUGUGUGUGUGUGCGUGUAUGUGUGAGUGCCUGUAUGUGUUGGCAAAGCAAACUGAUUCCGAUUUUGUGAAAUCGUGUGGUGAGAGCCGGUUGGGACUGCAACGCUACGCAUUUUUUAAUUUAUUUAUUUAUUUGUUUUUUUUGCGCAACUAUUUUCUUUCAUCCAGCGUCACAGCUAUUUGCUGGAGAAAACCAUGAUCCGUGAUUGUUUCUGCAUCUGGCGCGCGCUUUGGGUCGCUGCUCGUUCCGGACUGUUAAAGCAGCGCUGAAAGCCGCUGCACUCCGUCUAUAAGUUUGAUCCACGGUGGUGACGAGUGAUAACUGAAGUCUAAAACUCUCUCCUCUCUCAGACUCAUGGCUGUGUGGAAAAUGGACCCGAUCAGACUCUAUUUGCUCCAGCUGGCUGUAAUAGGAGUGCCCUGGCUAGUGUCAGCAGGGCAGUGGGACUGCCUGACUGCAGGCGAUUCAUGCUCCAGUGAUGAGGCGUGCAGUCCACGACUACGCACUUUGCGUCAGUGUGUGGCAGGAGGGGGGAGCGUGAAGCUCGGGCCAGGGGCUCGUAACCACUGCGAGAACGCUGUAACUGCUCUGCUAGCCAGUCCUCUUCACCGCUGUCAAUGUAAACGUGGCAUGAAGAGGGAGAAGAACUGCCUCAGCAUCUACUGGAGCCUGAAGCAGUCUGUUAUACAUGGACUGAACCUUGUAGAGAGUUACCCAUAUGAACCUGUUGAGCGAGGGUUUGAUUAUGUUCGGCUGGCAUCCAUCGCUGCAGAGUCUGACGCAGGUAUGGCGGCGGUGAAUCAUUGUCUGGAUGCGGCUAAAGCCUGCAAUGUGGAUGACACGUGCCAGAAGCUGCGCACAGAGUAUGUUUCUGCCUGCAUCGCUCCAUCAGUGAGAGCCGGUUCUUGUAACCGUGUCCGCUGCAACAAAGCCCUGCGAAAGUUCUUUGACCGUGUGCCACCUGACUACACACAUGAGUUGCUGUUCUGUCCGUGCUCAGACACGGCAUGCUCUGAGCGCCGUCGCCAGACCAUCGUCCCAGCAUGCUCAUAUGAGGAAAGAGAAAAACCCAACUGCCUGGCUCAGCUCAGCAUCUGCGAGGAUGACCUUGUGUGCAAAUCUCGUUGGGCCCAGUUCAAGCAUGACUGCCAGCCCUCAGAGCUCACUGCCAGUGGCUGCCAGCAAGAGAACUAUGGGGCCUGCCUCAUUGCCUACACUGGUCUGAUAGGAACCACUAUCACCCCAAACUAUUUGGAUAACUCCACAUCUAAUGUGGGGCCGUGGUGUUCGUGUGCAGCCAGUGGGAAUCACAGGGAGCAGUGCUAUGACUUCCUUAUCCAUUUCCAUGACAACAUCUGUCUAAAAAACGCAAUCCUCGCCUUUGGCAACGACACUGACUCCAAAUCACCAGCUAACCAGCCAGGAGCAGGCAGUCCAAUGCCCAACACUCCCAAUCAACACCAUGCGACCAGUACCAUAACAACCACCACCAUCUCAAUAAACGUGGAGAGCCAGCAGAACAUCUUCCAUUCGCAAAUACCCACCCAGAUGAAUGAGAGAGACAGACUACUGAGUGACUCUACCCUCCCAUUACCUGAUCUGUACAACAGCAGCCCUGGAUGCAUUGACCUGGCAGUGACAGCUUUUCUCCCAUCCAUCCUGUUGCUGGUUCUUCAUUUCUAAAAUCAAACCAGCCAAUCACAGCAUCAGCAGCAUGGAGUUGGGUUGGGGCAGUGUGUGAGGCUUUUUCAUCAAACCCCUUUGGUGAGCGAAAAAGACAAAUGAAUAUAAGAGCACAAAAAGAGAGAACUAUCCAAAAAGACUGUGACCCAAGUUUCCAGUCCACAAUGUGAAAUAGUGCUUUAUUUUAUGUGUACAGUUCUAUGACUGAUACUUUAGACUGAAUUGGGGUAAAGAGAGAGAGAGAGAGUGAGAGAGAGUGUGUGUGUGUGUGUGUGUGUAUAUAUAU